AUGCGAGGGGCAGAAUACGCAACGGCCAAUGACUUAUGGCUCGACACCUCGAACGCCUACCCGCGACUGGCGAACUCGGCUUGGGCGAAGCUGGCGGAGCCGUUCCGAGAGACGACGCUGACGGCCGGCUCGAGCGUCGGGGACCCGGACAAGGACGUGUUCAAGUGGUCCUUCGAGGAUGGCACCGUGCUGGAGGGGAGGGAGGUCACGUACAUUUUCAAGGGUGUGGGCGCGCAAACAGUCUUCCUGGCGCAGACCAUCGUCUCAACGGGCCGCAUCGUACAGAUCGAAGACACGGUGAUGGUCAAGUACGUGCGGCGAGAGGUCCGUCAGCUUAGGGCCGAGGACAGGGAGGCUUUUUUGGAUGCCAUGGAGACGCUUUACCGCCUGCCUACCGAGGAGGGUGUCGCACUGUACGGUGACGACUACAAGAUGCACCUGGACGGGGCUGGCGUGAGCGACUGCGACCACUGGCACGACGAUGCCGGCAUCAUGACGCACCACGUGGGGUACACCAUGCUGUUCGAGCAGGCUCUGCAGGUGGUCGAUCCCGCCGUCACCAUUCCCUACUGGGAGUACACGAUCGAAUGUGGGUGCCACUCGCAAGGGCUGACGGACUACGGGGAGUCGCAGAUCUUCGAUCCCGACUGGUUCGGCGACGCCUCCCCCAACAAUGCUAUGCACACCGUCGACAACGGACGGUGGGCCUACCUCCCAGUGAUGCAGGCGAGUCCCGCUAUUGCUGUGCUGCACUGCACGUUGACUGGUCUUAUCAUAUAUAUCCAUCCAACAGUCGACACCAUUUAUAGGGUCGCACAGGACGGGGACGCAUGGGACUACGUGCACAACCCGUACGGCCUUCUGCGUACCCCCUGGAACACCGACCCGACACCGUACGUCACCCGCCACAACAUGACGAAUGCCCAGGACAUCACGAGCGUGGUCACCUGCGGGAUGUACCAGAACUGCUUCGACGAGACGACCCUGGCGGGACUGUUCAACUGCCUGAACGGGGGCACCCACGGACCGGUGCACAUCAAGAUGGGGGGGGAGUGGAACAACCCCGAGGAGGAACUGACUAACUCGCUAGGGUACGCGGACGAAGUUCCCCUGAUGGCCAAGUUCCUCUGGAGGAAGGGUUAUCUCCGCAUUCCGACUUCUUGCACCGUGGAAGAGCACGGCACCGGCGACGACAGCACGUGUCGCGCCAGCUGCCCCUCGGAGAUCUACGAGAACCUGGGCAUGACCCCGUACGACGUCCUCUAUGACGCCCUGUCGAUUCACUGGGUCGCUGGCAAGUCCGGCGGGGUUGUGGUGUGGGACGAGGAGAAGGAAAAGUUCUACGUCGCCGGCCACGAAGACGACUUGGAGUUCGAGAAGUUCUUCUGGCUCAGGAUCCUCAACUCGCUCUGCGACCCAGGGCACGUGGGAGAGUUGUACACGUCCUCGGCACCGUACGACCCCCUCUUCUGGGUCAUUCACCCUACCGCCGAGAGGUUCAUGGGGUGGCGGAGAAAACUCAGCGUUGAGCAACCCGACGUGUGAGUAAAGAAGCAAGCACCCCCCGCCGCCGCUGUUGCGAAGUUCAGGGGGAACACUACUGCAGCAACACCUUCGAGCCUAAGUAGUACAGAUGUUCAAUAUUUAGUGCACGCGUGUAUUUGUGCAUGCACUUGUUUGGCUCUCUUUUCAGCAUGGGAUGCUGUUCAGAGGUAUGUGUCGUACUUCCUCUUUGCCCCCGAUACGCGAGGAGAGUUUCACGUACUUCUUACGACCCGAAAGGAAGGAAAAAGCUAGCAGCACCACCAAAUGAGACGCGUCUGGCAAGACGUCUGAGCAUGCGACAACAGCCUAUAUUCACGCACAUGUUCGUGCACCUGGUUCAUUCUUUUCUUGCGUGUCUGGAAUUCCUACUGUGCCUCCGUUGUACAGGCACCCUCACGCCUCUGAUAAUGUUAGCGCUGCGCCGUCUGCCUUUCCUUGACAAGCUGUUGCCCCUUUGUUCUAUUUCACGCGGCGCAAAACGCCGGCGUCAGACGGAUUACCAACACACGCGACGCAUUGCCUCACCCCCCUCCCCGCUCUACCUUUUUACAGACACCGUAACUU